GUUCGUCGAGUCUAUCGAUGUGAAUCUGAUAUCGCGAUAUUGAACACGCAACGCAUACGGCUAGGCAAGGAAAGAAAUAAGUCGGGCUGUGAUUUGGAUUUAAGAACGCGCGGUGAGGACGGAAGAACGAUACAUAAAAUGUCGAGCAGCAACAACGCGGGAUACGACGUUGUCGUCGAUGUGGACGACGAGGGCGAUCUCGGCCACACAGACCUCCAAGAAGACCUCUCCUUCCACAACUCCACCUUCACCUCCCCCAACAACAGCAAUAAGCCCUCCGCUGGCCUCCCCCCGCCCGCCACCUCCUCCUCCCCGACCAAGCACGUCCUCUCCCUCGGCUUCUACUCACAGUUUUUCGAUGUCGAUACCUCCUCCGUGCUGAGCCGCUGCGGCGCAGCUCUAUACCCGCGCGCCAACUUCCUGGACGUGCUCGAUGGGAACCCAGACCUGUACGGCCCGUUCUGGAUCGCUACGACGGUUGUGUUUAUUUUGUUUGUGGGCGGGACUGUGAGUCAGUAUCUUGCGGAUACGGGGAAGAGCACCGAUGGGUUCCGUUAUGAUUUCAGGCUGCUGAGUGGUGCCGCGGGACUCAUCUACGGCUACACGGCCGUCAUCCCCGUCAUCCUCUGGGGCGCCCUCCACUACUUCGGCGCCGAUACCGCCCAGCUCCUCGAGUGCGUCGCCCUCUACGGCUACUCGAACCUAAUCUGGAUUCCCGUAGCCCUGAUCUCAUGGUCGCGCAUCAGCAUCCUCAACUGGGUCUUCGUCGGCGUCGGCUUCGGGCUCAGCGUCGCCUUCCUGCUGCGCAACCUGUACCCCGUGCUUGGCGCGACGGAGCGCAAGGUCGGCAAGGCGCUGUUGGUGUUGGUGGUUGUCCUGCAUUUUGCACUAGCGGUGGCGAUUAAGUUUUUGUUCUUUAAGUCGGGGAGCCCGAUUCGGGGCGGUGAUGGGGCGGGGGGUGCGGCGCCUGUAGACACGGCGAUGAUGUUUUUUUAGGACUGUUGAGGGAGAGGGGCUUGUGCUGUAGGAAUAGAGAGGUAUGGAGAGGUGUGUUGUUGCGCGUUUAUGUGGCGUUGGGUCACUUUGUAGAAGCAGCGAAUUAAGUAUAUGUAUUAGUCUAGAAGCUCUUAUUAUCCAUC